GAAUUGAUACAACGAGAGUGAGAGGGAUUGGUAAAGGGAAGCGUUGAGGAGUUGUGGACAAUAAGAAAAUAGAGAAACAGAAAAGAAAAAGGAAAGGCAGUCCGAAAGGAUCGGGAGAGAGGAGAGUGGUUUUUGUAACGCUCAUUCCUCUCUUCCACAUAAAUAUCCAUUCUCUUCUUUCUUCUCUCUUCGGAAUUUUCUCCUUCUGCUUUUCCCCCAUUCAUUCAUUCAUCUUCCUCCUUCCAAUGCCUUUUCUUCCUCACCUUUUCACCUAAAUGCUCUUCUUCUUCGCCGACACUGUGGAUUCUGUGCUGGGGUUCUGUUGAAUUGUGGUGAACGUUUAGAAAUGGAUGAAAAUGGUGGGAUCAAGAUGGGAAUCCGCCAGAUUGUGAGGCUGAAAGAGACUCUCCAACACUGGCAAGGGGUCACAGUAUGCCCGAAAUCCAAAGCAGCAGCCCAUGAAAACGGAAGCCAAAAUCAAAAUCAAAAUCAUGGGAUCCUUUCACCGGCAAUCAACAAAAGGCUGACGAAUGUGUUGUGUUGUGAUUCGGAUGAGGAGACUUGCCAGAGCCCUGAGCACCCACCCGAUGUUCCGAAAGGGUACUUGGCUGUUUAUGUUGGGCCGGAGCUUCGGAGGUUUAUCAUUCCGACCAGCUAUCUUAGGCAUUCGGUGUUUAAGGUGUUGCUGGAAAAGGCAGAGGAGGAGUUUGGAUUCGAUCAUAGCGGCGCGCUCACUUUUCCUUGCGAAAUCGAGAUCUUCAAAUACCUUCUCAAGUGCAUGGAGAGCCAGCAGAAGGAUCAUCCUGAUGACCACACCCCAGCUGAGAGUUCGAUGACUAUGGAAGAAUAAAAAUGGUUGUGAUCCACAGCAGGGGAGGGGGCUAUAUACAAAGACAAAUUGAUGUCAUUGUGCCAGAUUUCAGAUAAUGUUGUCAAAUUGAUGUGUUUACAUUAGGGAUGUGUUUAAUUAGUUAGACAAAAUCUGUGGAGGAUGUGUGUGUCAGGCAGAUUAAAAAUCUACCCCUUUUUUUUCACUGUUCUUUUUUCUUUUUUCUUUUUUCUUUUUUCUUUUUUCUUUUUUUGGAAUACCCUUUCAAGAGAUGUGAACUUCAAUUUGCUUCCCUGUAUUUGAAUGUGAAGCACAUGAUUGUUUGACCACACAGUAUGGAUUUUCUUGCAUUGUUUUAUUAUUUUUUUUUAAAAAAAAGUAUUAUGAAAUUGAGGCCUAAAUGUGAA